UUCGUUCCAAUAAGAAAAUGCUGUUACUGGUUGGAGGAUUGCCUCCCGGACCUGACCGACUACCCAGCAAUUUGGUUCAGUAUUAUGAUGAUGAAAAGAAGACGUGGAAAAUACUGACAAUUAUGCCAUAUAACAGUGCCCAUCACUGUGUCGUGGAAGUGGAAAACUUCUUGUUUGUGCUGGGAGGAGAAGACCAAUGGAACCCUAAUGGGAAACACAGUACAAACUUUGUUAGCCGAUACGAUCCCAGGUUUAACAGCUGGAUACAACUUCCACCCAUGCAAGAGAGGAGGGCCAGUUUCUACGCCUGUCGCCUUGACAAGAACUUGUAUGUAAUCGGUGGAAGAAACGAAACUGGCUACUUGUCCAGCGUGGAGUGCUACAAUCUGGAGACAAACGAGUGGCGUUAUGUGUCUUCGUUACCACAACCUUUGGCAGCCCAUGCAGGAGCCGUUCACAAUGGCAAGAUAUAUAUUUCAGGAGGUGUUCACAAUGGAGAAUAUGUCCCCUGGCUGUACUGCUAUGACCCUGUGAUGGACGUCUGGGCCCGAAAACAGGACAUGAACACAAAGCGAGCAAUCCACACUUUGGCUGUAAUGAAUGAUCGACUGUAUGCAAUUGGAGGGAACCAUUUGAAAGGUUUCUCCCAUCUUGACGUAAUGCUUGUGGAAUGCUACGAUCCAAAAGGCGACCAGUGGAAUAUCCUCCAGACUCCUAUUCUGGAGGGUCGCAGUGGCCCUGGCUGCGCAGUCCUUGACGAUAGUAUUUACCUUGUAGGAGGCUACAGCUGGAGUAUGGGAGCCUACAAAUCUUCUACUAUUUGCUAUAGUCCUGAGAAAGGGACUUGGACAGAACUAGAAGGAGAUGUUGCUGAGCCACUUGCAGGACCUGCUUGUUCAACUGUCAUAUUGCCAGCCUGCGUACCGUACAACAAAUGAUAGUCAAGGAGCACUGACACGAACACUGAUUGCAUUUGGGAAAAUAAUGACGGGUGACGUAAAUAUUUUAUUAGAACAGGAUUCCUGUUAAAACAAAGCUACCAUAAUUGACCCCUUAUUCCAUAUUUAUGCUUUGGGAGCAAACUAAAAGAAAACAAAAACCAAGUGGUGUCCCUUCUCAGAUAGAUGCCGGUGUCUUAUGAAGCAAGUAGCUAAAACACACCGAACAUUACAUGCUGACAGACUGCCAUUUCAGACUGAUUUUAACUUUUUCCUGCUGCAGAGAUAUUCCUCACGUCAAAUUUAACUUUUAAAAAAAAUGAAGGCUAACUGUUCAAAUACAGCCUGAAGAGACAAGAUCAGUAUUGUGCAUUGUAUCUACCUGCAUGUGAUCUGUGUUGAAGUCAUGAGGAUGUUGUUUUCAUGAAUGCUUCAGAAUUCAGAUAGUGAAAAGCUCACGCUGCAUUGCAGAAUUGUCUCCUCCUCUGUAAUCCUAACCUACAGCUACUUCACAUGCUCUGCAAGCAACACAGCAUCAGAAGAUUAUGAAAGGUAAAGAAAUACCAUUCAGUUUUUGCACAGCUUGGCAACUAAUACACUCUGCCUUCAAAGUCCCCAUGUGUAAGUGCAGUGGAAAGCAGACUACAAUGAAAGCCAUGCUUUACGGAGCACUUCUUGCAUUAGCAGCUUAGGGAUUAGGAUCAAAUUCUUCUAAUCAUACUCGUGUAAAGUCAGAGUCAUGUCACUGAAAUCACGUGGAAUGACUGUAUUUACAUUAGUAUAACAGAAAUUUGAUCCUACACCUUAAAUUCUGGGUUUGUAAAGUAAGUUAUUUCUAUGACCACUUCACGAAGCACCAGAACCCUUACUUACUUUUCACUAGCCUGUUAGAUAGGAGCAUCCGUGCUAGUUGCUUCCAAAGAAAAGAAGACUGCAUUUAACUGUAAGUGUGUUACUUUGGACUCUUAAAUGGUUGUGCACAAUUUUGGAGAGAGUUCAAAAACCUCUGUGUGGUUGAUCUUAAAACAUACUCUGAAAGAUUUUUACUAUUGAUCCAAAGUAAUAUGAGGCUAGACUUCCCACUGCCUUGUAGCCUGUGUAAUUAUUUACACAUUGCAAAGCAAGUUCAGAAUGCUGCCACAUGGGAUGAGUAGCAUUUAGGACUCACUUUGUGAACUCAUAGUUGCUUGCACAAAUCAGACUGUCUGUGUUUUAAGGUUAUGUCUUUCUGUCCUGGCUUUGCAAAAGCAGUGACAAAAUCUGAGCCUGAUCCUUCACCACCUUGCAGUUAACAUCAUCAUCUACACCUCAGUAAAGUAUAUGUGUAACUCUUCCAUUGUGGUUUACUGGUGCUGCAUCCAUUACCCUCAGGAUCGUCCUUUUUGCUGGUAUAAACUGACGUUGGUCCAUUGAAGCCAAUGGAUGUACUUUGGUUUACGUCAGCUAAGAAUCUGGGCUUUAAUUUGCCUAGUUGUAACUGGCUGCACCAGAUAAAAGGCAAAGGAGACUCAGAUCCUGCCUUUUCAAGGCUGCACAUCUCUUUCACGACAGGACUUAAUGCUAGUGUGUUAAGCAAGGAGCAGGCAACUACUGGAGGUUGGUUUCCGCUGCAGAGGGAAUAGGUAGGAGAAAGAAUUCAUUACUUGCUUUGCAAAAUAGAAAGAGGGUGAAUGUACACAGAAAUUACACUAUAUAUUGAUGCUUGAGAGCAAUAUAAAUAAUGGAGAGCAAAUACCACAGGACUGUUUCUCUCUGGCAUCAGUCCAGUUUUAUUGCAGUGCAACUCCCUUGCUUGCAGCAGAAUUACACAGUUGUAAAAUUGGAGUAAUGCAGUAAAGACUGAUACCAUACAAAUGCAAUAACCCAAUUGAUGAGGUAGCUGCACGCCUGGAAAAAUACUGUUUAAACAAAAUAAUUAUCUGAAGAUGCUAAUAUUUGAAUGUGCGAUUGGGGAGUUUUCCAGUGAGCAUCACUAAGGAACUCAUAAAGGUGGAGUGUAUAUCCUAAAAUCUCAAUCCAUUUCUACUAUAUAGUGCAAUCUUAGUUGGUUUUGUAUUUAUUUAUAUCAUUCAGAUCCAAGGGAUCCCUUGUAAAAUAUAUUUGGUGCAAUCAUGACUUUUUUUUUUCCUUUCCUGUUGAAAGUAUAUAAAUAUAAAUAUAUAUAAAAAGGAAACUGUUAAGAUACUAAAUGAGGAAACUUUGAAUUUAAGAUCAGGAUAAGGUCUGCCAUUCAACACUGACUGUCACCUGUCUCUACUAAAAUGUACCAUUUUUAAAGGAUAUUUGUUGUCCUUUUAAGUGGUUCUUUUUUUUACCGAGAUAAUUUAAAGAUUUAUGAGGACUGUAUGUAAAUCUUUCUAUCUUUCAGGAAGGCAUGACCAAGGAAAGUGCUAACUGAAUUAAGUCACACAAAGAAUGUAAAUUUUGUACAGUACUAGACUGUGUAAAUGAAGCUUGCUUGUAGGGGGGGAACUUUAAAUAAAACUUUAUGUACUAAUCAACUGUCUGCCAUAUUCCUACUUACAAAGUGUAUGUAUAAAUAAUAUCUACAUUAAAUUCUUUGGAACUUUUUUUAUCAU